AUGGAGGAAGGAAAGAUCGAUCCUGCUUCUCCAUUUUACCUUGGCUCCGGUGAUCAACCGGGUAAUUUGAUUACUCACGUAAUCCUCACAGGCGAUAACUACUUGGCAUGGUCGAGGGCGAUAACACUAUCUCUUCGAUCAAGAAGGAAAUUUGUGUUUGUUGAUGGAACCAUCACCAAACCGACAGAGAAGAAGAAGCUGCUUGUUUGGGAGACGGUAAAUUCGAUGCUAGUUUCCUGGUUAUUGCGGUCUAUGGACUCCAAGGUUGCGGCAUCGAUUCCUUACUUUGAGGAGGUGAAACGACUUUGGGAUUAUUUAGAGGCCCGAUAUUGUGUUUCGAAUGGCCCUCGUUUGCAACAAUUGCGGACUAGCAUCACCGAUUGCAAACAGCAAAAGGGCAUGACUGUUGAAGCCUACUACACAAAAUUGAUGGGGCUAUUUGAUGAACUCACGCGACUCAAGCCCCUCCAUGGCUGCGAGUGUGGCCUUUGCACGUGUGAUGUGGCUGGGAAGUUUGCUAAGGAUCGAGAUGAGGAAAUUUUGCACCAAUUUUUAAUUGGUAUUGACGAUGACUUAUAUGCGAUGGUGAGAACAAACUUGCUUUCUCAACAACCCCCUGCUGAUUUGAAUCGUGCUUACCAAGCUUUCCUUCAAGAGGAGGAAUCUCGUGGCAUUGCAAAAGGGAAAGCCGAGAAGUCGAAGGAGGCUCAUGUGUUUGUUGUGCCUUCGAUGCGUGGGAAAGGAAAUUUUGAUCGUCAAGAUCGUUUUAAGUUGUUUUGCACUCACUGUAAAAAAUCGGGCCAUGAUGUUGAAGGGUGUUUUGACCUCCAUGGGUACCCCGAAUGGUGGUUCGAGCUCAAAGGGAAAGGCAAAGGGCGAGACAGAGCUGCUGCUGCCCCUGCCUCUGCACCGAAGCACCAGGCUGCUGCUGCCCCUGCCUCUGCACCGAAGCACACCCCUGCUGCCCCUGCUGCUCGUGCUAACGCCAUCAUAGGAGGUCCUCAAGCUGCUGUCGAUGUGUCCUUGGCCGAUCUUAAGCCUGCUGAUGUUCAGGUUUUGCUAAAUAUGGUUCACAAUCAACAAGAGCGUAUGCAAGGUGAGUGUGUGCCGGGUUCUUGGAUUAUAGAUACGGGGGCUUCUCACCAUGUAACCGGGGAUGAGUCUUGCUUGUUGGAUGUGUGUUCAAUUUUCGCAUGUCCUGUGGGUUUGCCUAAUGGAGAUCAAGCCGUGGCCUUGAAAGAGGGUCGGGUUUGGUUGAGCAACGAUUUAAUAUUGGAGCAUGUUUUAUUUGUUCCAAAAUUAAAAUGCAAUUUAAUAUCGGUGUCAAAAAUGAUUGAUGACUCUCAAUGUUUUGUUCGUUUCACUAAUUCUUUAUGUGCUAUACAGGACCAACAUUCGGGGAGCCUGAUUGGAGCCGGUGAACGGAAGGACGGACUCUAUUACUUUCGGAAAAUUCCAACAGUAUGUGCGGUGCAAGUUCCGGGGUUAUCAGUGUUUGAGUUGUGGCAUCGGCGACUUGGGCAUCCGUCAGACAGAGUUGUCAAGUUAGUUCCUGCUGUUAGUAAUAGUACUACUAUGAAAAAUUUGAAUAAAGCUUGUGAUGUGUGUCCUCAAGCUAAACAGUCUAGGGAUAGUUUUCCUAAUAGUGAUAGCAAGGCCAGUCGAAUUUUUGAAUUAAUUCAUUGUGAUUUGUGGGGGUCGUAUAAAACUCCUUCUACUUGUGGUGCACAUUAUUUUUUGACAUUAGUUGAUGAUUUUUCAAGAGGUGUUUGGGUUUAUUUGUUGAAUUCCAAAACUGAAGUUCAUUCCGCAUUUUUAUCUUUUUUGCUAUGA